UGUGAUGGCUGAUAAUACCAAGUUCGUGCUUUUCUUUCUCCUCUUGAGCAGCUCAUCACCGUGUUUUGGUACUAAACAAGAUAUCCGGUGCCUCAAGUCUGUACAAGGCUCAUUGGCUGAUCCUGGCGGUGUACUCAGAUCUUGGGACUUUGAAAAUGACACCGACGGUUACAUAUGCCGGUUCACCGGCGUGGAAUGCUGGCACCCUGAUCAGAACAGGGUUCUUGGGUUGCGUCUCGGCAACAUCGGACUCGAAGGUCCAUUCCCUCGAGGCCUCCAGCUUUGCAGCUUCAUGACCGCCUUUGACAUGUCUGGCAACAACUUCUCAGGGCCGCUCCCGGAACACAUCUUCGAGCAGAUGGCAUACAUAACCUACCUCGACCUCUCGAACAACAGUCUCUCGGGCGUGAUCCCUGCAGGCAUCGCGAACAUGACAUACCUGAGCACCCUCGCCCUUCAGCACAACCAGUUCGACGGCGGAAUUCAGGCGCAGCUAGGCAACGCUUCGCAGCUCAUUUCGUUCAAUGUCGCCGAUAACUCACUGUCGGGCCCUGUCCCGGACUCUUUGCAUCGCUUCCCGGCUGCCAACUUCACGGGCAACCCAGGGCUUUGCGGGGCGCCGCUCGACAAGAAGUGCAAGAAGAGCUUCAUGGUGCGGAUACACGUCCGUCUUGUUCGGAUUCGGGAGAUGUUUGUCCGGAUUCAUAAGCUGCUGCAUAGGAUCAACGACGCGUCCAUCAUCGGGGCGUCGGCUGGGUUCAUCUUGGGGUUCGUGUUGGCCUUCUACUUUCCGCACAAGUUCUUGUUCUGUGGGAGGCUCCAGCCCUACACCUUUCGUGUUUGUGGGUGACAGUGUGUACAUGAGCGUUGGGCUAGAGAAUGUGCCAGCUGCCUUUAUUGGUCUAUCCUGUGGUAAAUAUGUGGGCAAACAAGUCGUGUGUGUGGUCACAAGAGUGAAGUACGUCUACAUUCUGAUGAAUAUUUAUUACGAAUAUCGCAUGACCCAAAUAAAUAAUAAAAAAUGUGAAACUUCUCAUGUUGAUGUACGUUUAUCUGAUCUUGUCCAUGCUUUGCUCAAUAUCAAGUGUUUUUCAAACUAUA